AUGCAGGUGCAGUUAAAUGUCGUGCUGUUUAAUCAGCGUCUACAGGCCAUUCUCAAGGCAUGGAAUACCGCCCCUAAUGAUAGCGAUUAUAGCUCAAUCUCUGAUGUACAAGCUCUUCUUCUAACGUCUGGAGAUCCUGCUGGUGAGGAUGAACCCAUCCGGAAGGGCACCGCGUUUCAGACAUGGCUCCUUGGAUAUGAAUUUCCCUCCACGUUCAUUCUGUUCCAGAGGGAUCGCGUUUACGUAUUAUGUUCGGCAUCAAAAGGUGUGGCGCUCACCAUGUUCUCCCACAAUGUGUCUGACGAACCUUUCUUUGCAGCCAAAAUCCUGUCACAGAUUAAAGGCUCAGGAAGCCCUGUUCCGGUCGACGUUCUCAUCCAAGCGAAGGCGAAGGAACCUCCGACUGAUGCCUUACCUAAAUUUCUUCAGGCCUACGCUACUCAUAGCCGCGUCGGAGCUCUGACGAAGGAAUCUCAGUCCGGCAAGCUUGUGGAAGAAUGGAAUAAAGCAAUAAGCGAACUCGAACCCAAGCCGACGCUGAUAGACAUGGCACCAGCCGUAUCUGCUUUCAUGGCUGUGAAAGACGAGGAUGAAUUGAAAUCAAUGCGAGCAGCUGCCAAUCUGACUUCUACUCUCCUUGCCCAUCAUGUGGUGCUCAAACUCGAGACUAUACUUGACAGGGAGGCUAAGAUAUCUCACGAAGCGUUCGCCACUCAGAUCGAGUCACGGCUUGGUUAUGGUGAAGGGGAGACUGCAAAAGGGCCUGAUAUGAAGGUGUGGAGCAAAGGUCGAGGUCUCACUGAUGUAGAUUGGUCAUCCACGGAGUUUUGUUACACUCCAAUCAUCCAGUCUCAAUCAACAAGCACCGGCUAUGAUCUCAGUCCUGCCGCAGAAUCAUCAUCCGAUGACAUAGCUCACAAGGGCGUAUUCCUCGUCGCGUUGGGCAUGCGUUACAAAGGCUAUUGUGCUAACCUUGGACGGAGUUUCAUAGUUGAUCCGUCUAAGGAACAAGAAGCGAUAUACCACCUUCUAACAUCACUCCAAGGAGAAAUCAUCCAGCACCUCAAAGAAGGCGCUGUCGCGCGAGAUGUAUACCAACGGGCGCUUACGUUCAUAAAAGAGAAGAAACCUGAGCUUGAGAAGCAUUUUGUCAAAAACGUUGGCCAUGGAAUGGGGAUGGAGUUUCGUGAUUCGACAUAUCUCUUAUCUUCUAAGAAUGGGAGAACCUUGCGAUCCGGCAUGGUGUUUAACCUCGUUCUUGGUUUCCAAGACUUGGAGGAGAAUGGGAAAAAGUAUUCCUUGCAGCUCGUUGAUACUGUUCAAAUCAACAAUGAGAAGGCUGUUUUUCUAACUACAGGCAUCAAACUAGACAAAGACACCAUGUUCUUCUUGAAUCAGGAAGUCAACGGUGAAGCGAAGCAAUCUGGAGCACCAGCGAAGAAACCGCCAGUUACUAAGGUGAAUGGUAACGCUUCGCCUACGAAGAACAAGAUGGCUGGUGGAAAGGUCUUGCGGAAUAAGACGCGGAGCGCAGCCCAAGAGGAGAUGAACCAAUCAACGGCGACAAAGAUUGCAGAGCAUCAGAGAGAGCUUCAUGGACGACUACAAACCAAUGGCCUUGCGAGAUACUCCGAAAGUGGAGGAGGAACUGGCCGCAAUGAGGGAAAAGGGUGGAAACGUUUCCAGAGUUACAAGGGCGAGGCCGCACUCCCAAAGGAAGCUGAAAACCUCCGAAUUUAUAUUGACAGGAAAGCGCAGACCAUUAUUUUUCCCAUCCACGGCUUUGCAGUUCCGUUCCACAUUAAUACGAUAAAGAACGUAAGCAAGAACGACGAAGGUGAUUUUACGUAUUUGCGCGUGAACUUUCAAACACCCGGCCAGCUUGCGGGGAAGAAGGAGGAUACGCCCUUCGAGGACCCAGAUGCCACCUUCAUUCGUUCGAUCACGUAUCGCUCUCCUGACGGCCAUCGUUUCGACUCAAUAUCAAAGCAGAUCACAGAUCUCAAGAAAGAGGUAAACAAGCGUGAGCAGCAAAAGAAGGAGAUGGCGGACGUUAUUGAGCAGGAUGUUCUUGUCGAGGUCAAGGGACGCCGACCAGUCAAGCUGCCAGAAGUCUUCAUUCGACCAGCUUUAGACGGGAAGCGGUUGCCUGGAGAAGUUGAGAUUCACCAAAAUGGUCUUCGGUACCAGUCCCCUAUGGGAUCCCAGAGAGUCGACGUCCUCUUUAGCAAUGUGAAACAUCUGUUUUUCCAGCCUUGCGAUCAUGAGCUAUUGGUUAUCAUUCACGUCCAUCUCAAAGCACCGAUCAUUAUUGGGAAGAAGAAGGCCCACGAUGUGCAGUUUUUCCGUGAAGCUUCUGACGUGCAGUUUGAUGAGACGGGGAAUCGUAAACGGAAAUAUCGGUAUGGCGACGAGGACGAGUUGGAGCUGGAGCAACAAGAGAGAAAGCGGAGGCAAAUGUUGAACAAGGAAUUCAGAUUAUUCUCUGAGAAAAUUGCAGAAGCUGCGACAGCUUCGACUGGUGACACGCUCGAGCCUGAUAUUCCAUUCCGCGAGUUGUCGUUCGAGGGUGUCCCAUUCCGCACGAACGUCCGGCUGCAACCAACAACAGAAUGUCUUGUUCACUUAUCUGAUCCACCGUUCCUCGUCGUCACUCUUGCUGACAUUGAGAUGGCAUCUCUGGAGCGCGUGCAGUUCGGUCUGAAGCAAUUUGAUAUGGUUCUUAUUUUCAAAGAUUUCACGAAAACGCCAUUGCACAUCAACUCGAUACCGAGCGCGCAGCUGGAUGAUGUAAAGAACUGGCUUGAUUCUGUUGAUAUUCCGUUGAGUGAAGGACCAGUCAACCUGAACUGGGGUCCGAUCAUGAAGACUAUCAACGAGGAUCCUUAUGAGUUCUUCCAGCAGGGCGGGUGGACAUUCUUGGGCGGUGCUCCUGGUGCUGAGGAGAGCGAUCCUGACGAUGCCUCUCAAUCGGAAUCAGAAUUCGAGGGAGAAGUUUCCGUUUCUGAAAGCUCCGAGGACAGUGAGAGCGAUUACGAUGACGGGUCAGAUGCUAGUGAAGAUGAAGGUAGCGGCUCAGACUUUGGUUCUGACGAUAGUGAUGGUGACGAUUGGGACGAGCUCGAGAGAAAGGCUGCCAGGGCCGACAAGAAGCAUGUCGAAACAGGUAAAGGACAUGAUUCGGACGACUCUGAUCGGCCAAAACAAAAGUCAGGCGCGAAGACUAAGACCAAGACUAAGACCAAGCCCAAGAAGCGGUGA